UAAUUUUAUUUCUUAUAUAGCCUCUUUUUUUUUUCUUUCAGUUGAGUGUAAGGAAACAUGGAUCCAAGCUGUUUUGUUGAAAAAAUCAGAAAUGAUAUAUUAUCAUGUUCAAUAUGUAAAGGGAUUUUACAAGACCCCAAACAUUUAAGUUGUGGACAUGUCUUUUGUAAAGACUGUAUAGAAACACAUUUCAAUGUAAGCCAUACGGGGAAUUCAGCCAGAUGUCCAAUGUGCAAAACUCUUUUUGUUUUUUGCAAAUCGGGGUCUAAAUUCCUUAAACAGAGCCUUAUUCUUCGACAGCUUAUAGAUUUGUUUUCAGAAGGUAGUGGGCCCAAUUUUUUAUCACAUCAUGAUUUCUGUAAAUCUGCUUAUCAUUGUGAAGGCAAAGGGAUUCCUACACAUUAUUGCCCUCGUUGUGAUAAAAGAAUGUGUAAUGGUUGUACAAAUGCCCAUGCUCACUUUCAUCAAGAUCAUGAUGUAAGUCCGAUAAAUAUUUUGGAAAAUUCCCAAUUGAUAGAUGAGAACAAUUGUAAAUGUGAGAGACAUAAAGGACAAACACUGUUUAUUCUGUGUACAACUUGUGAUAGUGAUAGUCUAUUGUGCCUACAAUGCAAAAAGAUUCAUGACAAAUCCCAUUCCUUUACAACAGUGGAAGAAAUGAAAUCUGAAAUAAAAGAAAUUCGCGUAAAGCUCUUACACCAAAAGGAAAAGUUAGAAAGACAACAAACUGAAAACAGAACUGCGGAAACAAUGUUUCAUACAAGUGCCAGUAUAGCGAUGGAGAAAAUGACCAAAAGAUAUGAAGCCUUAAAUAACACCCUAAAAACAAGAAAGAAAGAGCUUGAAACAGAUUUUCAAAAUCAUUCUUUAGAGUUUAGACAAACCUUUGAUUGCACCAUUAAGGACACAGAAACACAGCUUAUCAAAGCUUCUAACGUUAUUCACCUCAUAGAUCAACUCUUUUCUUUAGGAAGUGAAAGAUGUCUCUUAGAAAGCUGGAAAAUUAUACAAGAGCAUUUGAAUGUAAUAUCAAAUCUAGAAUCGAAAGAAAAUGAAAAGAUGAUAAAAUAUGGCAUAAAAUUUAGACAGAAAGAAGGUUUCGAAAUAGGAACUAUUUUAAAGACAAAAGCAUAUGAAGAACAUUUUGGUCUAUUCAAAGAGAACGAAAAAUUGAAUGAAGCUUCAUCAAAUGACCUGGAGUCGACUGAAGUAAAAGAAGAUCACAUCGCUGGAAAAGAACAUAAUUACCAAACACGUAUCACUCCUAGUGAUAUAGUUUAUGAGAAUAUUUCCUCUCCACGAACUUCUGCAGCUGAUUACACUGAAAACUUUGAUCAGGCUACAAUCAGUGAAGAAAUGUUAGGUCAUCGAUACACUGUUCUACAAAAUGCACAUGAAGACGAAGAUUGUGGAAUCAGAGACUCAUUGACUUUCGAUUUUGAUUCCAUCUUUGAAACAGAAACCGGCUUAUCUUCAGAAGCUGACUACUGUGCACCUAGAUAUGCAUUUCAUAACAGAUAG